AUAUUUGAUGUCGGCAUGGUCUACUUUACCAAGGCUGCCAGGCACCAAAUAAGAGGUUUAGCCUUUUCCACCAUCGCAUGGAUAAUGUGCAGUGCGUCCAUGGGCCUUCCACAAUGGCGAAUUUGGUACUUGGAAGAACCCGUGGUUUCCUACCCAAGCAUGGCUUUUGUAGGUAUGUGGAGGGCCUGUAUCUGCCAUCACGCUGACAAUUCCAGCCACCUGAGAGUCUGCCAUCACUACUCCUACCGUGACACACUUGUUCCUUUGGAUAUCCGGGUAGCUCAACAUCUACUCCUAAUUUCCUGCAUUCUCGGUCUGAUUGGAACAGCUUGUGCUGUCUUUUCUCUGCAGCAGGUCUACACGGAGAGGCCACAGAAGAAUAACAAUAGCAACCCAUUUGUCUUUUCGGCUGUCCUGAAUGCUAUUGCUAGCAGCUUUAUUUUUCUUGCUGUUAUGUGUAAUUACUUCUCAGUCUCUGGCAAAGAGGGAAUAGUUUUUCUGCCAUCAUUCCAAAUGCCACUAUUCCCAUAUGCUCAAAGAGCAGGAAGUGCCAUGGGAGUGGCAAGCAUAGCUGCCAUAUUUUUUUUAUUAAGUGCUAUAAUUUUUAUUUCUUACUGUCCUACCUCGGAAAGGGAAAUGCUUCCUGAUGUUUGA